AUUCAAAGUCCCUACGUGGGGCUUAAACCUUCUGACUCACAGGCGAGAGGUGCUGCCGCAAGAGACCAGGAUAACAUUCUGCAUUUGUUUGAUGCAGCAAUUGCACAAAUGCACAAACUGGCGAUAAUAAUUAAUGUUUAACUACAAAGCUUUGGAUUUAAAUUCCUAUAAAUUAGCCUCCUAAAAAUGACUAUGUCAUGCUAUAUGGGCUUACUAUAUCAUGACCUAUGCUACCAAAUGAGAAGGAUAUAUAGCACCUUUCACACAGAUAGUAAAGCAAUCUCAUCUUCGCAAAGAUCGACUGUCAGCCUAAGCUGUGAGAUUUGGGAGAAGAUAAAGAGAGAGGCUUUGAAAGCAGGGGGAGGAGGGCUUGGAACCAGAGCCAAGAGCUUCCACACACACACACACACACAUCCAGAGGACAAGGCACAGAGCAAACCAGCUCCACACAAGAUACCCUAGGCUUCAAUCCUGAAGCCACUUGGAAUCAAAAGACCUACACUUCAUUGGAACAAGCUUUCACUUUCCUGCCAGGAGUUGUAUUAUGAUCAUACAGCGUUUCAUUUCUGGAUUUUCUAUGGAACAACCGGAGACCCAAAUCAUAGUUAAAAAGAGCUUCAACGAACGGGAUAUUUUUUGGGAAUCCUGAUCGUCUGCCCUGCAACUCCCCCACCCACCCCGACCCCAUCCUGAACCACUUGACAAAAGGCUCGGGCAGAGAGCAUUUGUCUUGUUCAUCACUAUAUUGCUCCACUGCAAGAAUCAGCAGGCUUUUCCCAUCACUAAUCACUGACCAUUACUGAGCUGAAAAAUGGUUGGAUUCAAGCCCACAGAUGUUCCUCCGACAGCUGCAGUGAAGUUCAUUGGCGCUGGCACAGCUGCUUGCAUCGCUGACCUGUUCACCUUCCCUCUGGACACCGCUAAAGUCAGAUUACAGAUUCAAGGAGAAUCAAAAUCUGCUGCAGAUGUCACCACCUUGAAGUAUAGAGGAGUCUUUGGCACCAUGGCCACAAUGGUCAAGAACGAGGGGCCAAGAAGUCUCUACCGUGGCCUGGUGGCUGGUCUGCAGCGUCAGAUGAGCUUUGCCUCUGUGCGCAUUGGGCUUUAUGAUUCUGUCAAGCAAGUCUACACCAAGGGAUCUGACCAUGCUGGUGUUGGCAGCCGCCUACUGGCUGGAUGCACCACCGGAGCCAUGGCUGUGGCCUUUGCUCAACCCACGGAUGUGGUAAAAGUAAGGUUUCAAGCACAAACCAGCAAAUCUGGUCCCAGCAGAAGAUAUAAUGGCACUAUGGAAGCCUACAAGACCAUUGCUAAGGAAGAGGGUGUUCGAGGGCUUUGGAAAGGUACUUUUCCAAAUAUUGCCCGUAACUCCAUCGUGAACUGCACGGAGCUCGUAACUUACGAUCUGAUAAAGGAUCAGUUGCUGAAGAAUGACUUAAUGACUGAUAACCUUCCGUGCCACUUCUCUUCUGCAUUUGGUGCUGGAUUCUGCACGACUAUUAUUGCUUCGCCUGUCGAUGUAGUGAAGACAAGAUACAUGAACUCUGCCCCAGGCCAGUACCGCAGUGCCUUAAACUGUGCCUUCACCAUGUUCACAAAGGAGGGUCCUACAGCCUUUUACAAAGGGUUCAUGCCAUCAUUUCUACGUCUGGGGUCAUGGAAUGUGGUGAUGUUCGUCACCUAUGAACAACUGAAACGAGCUAUGAUGACAGCCAGAUUCUCAUAAUGAACUCUCCUCUGUGAACAUGAAUGUUGCUUAGUUUGCCUAUUGCAUUUGCACAACCUGUAUAACAAUAGCAAGGCCUUAAUUCCCUACCUCUUUCCCAGAAGUUUGCAGUUUGGAUAUUUGCUCAAAGUAAUAGCGUUGAGUAGGUUUCAGAAAUCUUAGAAAGAAGCCAGGGUUUCGCAACUUGUGCCAUUGUCUGCAUUGCAUGGUAUUUUAACUUCUGGUUUGUUGUAUUUGAUAUAUAAUUGUUCAAUGUAUUCCAGCCUGUUUAUACUGUAUUUUAGUAACCAAACCAUUUGAUGUGCCUUGAAUAGUUAUGUUACUUAGGACUGACGUGCAUUGUCUCAGCAAAUAUUUCUUCCUAUUUUUCUAUGAAAUGAAGGUGAAUUUCUCUGAAUUAUAAUCUGAACGGGUAAACCAAAAUUAGCUGCUUAAUACAGAAUGGUUAAGGUAAUUUUAUCACCUAUCCAGAUUAUUAUAACGGUACAUUGAAUCUAUUGUAGAUGUUUUACUUCUCUGUCCUCCCUCUCCCUGCCCCACUAUAAGCUUUUUUUUUAAUACAAAUCGUUCCUAGGAAAAUAAAUGUCUUAAAUCAAUUUGAGCUGAAUUUCACUGUGAGGCAAAGUACCAUGCAGUCUGGAGUGGCAGUGCUUGACUUUGAUAGGUUUUAAUAAAACUGUUGAUUAUUAAAACACUCCAUUAGUAUCCAUGUUGCCUCUGAAAUUAAUAAACUGGUUCUCAUUCUAAA